UUAAAUGUAACAGUUAAAUGUUGGCCAAGUGUAAAACUGAAUAUUCAUGAUAUAUGCAAAUACCCUCCACCCCUACCCUCAAACGUCGCUCGUGGUGCUCAUCUCAGAUCAGUGACGCGGACUCACACACCUCAAGCCGUGCGAACAGCCCCGCCCACAUCUGACUCUGGAUCGGCGGACAAUACUGGAGGGAAAGCUGAAGUCUAAUGAAGCCAUCAUGGCCGUCAGCUCCGGCUCUCUCCCGUUAUCAGAAAUUGAACGGGCUGUAACGGCAGGUGUGCGGGCUGCACUUCAAGCUGCUGUUCCGCAGGCGUUGAAUACACCAUUAACGGUCUCCACACUACCAGAUGACACACACAGGCACCCAGGCACAGCCACUGCCAGCCUAGCUACUGCUGUCACAUCACUGAGAUCAGUCUCCACACUACCAGGUGACACACACAGGCACCCAGGCACAGCCACUGCCAGCCUAGCUACUGCUGUCACAUCACUGAGAUCAGUGCCUCUGCCAUCCAUCCCUGGACGUCACGUGUAUCGAUCAAGACACAUAAACAGAAGGCAUGUCAAAACAUACACUAAGGAAGUUGUGUGUUUGCCUUUUUCACUGGAGUCAUCACUCUUUGUUAUUCCCAGAGGAGAUUCUCGGAGUAGGUUAGCUGAAGCUGGCCUUAUUGGAAAAAUGUCAUUUUCUACUGAAUGGACUGAAGACCAAUUAAGAUGGGAAAUAACAGCUAUUUUCAGACGAGUAUUUGGGUUAUCAGAACACCAGUUAUUACCGUUUCAGUUUUUGAGCACCAUCAAGGGGUGCAAAAAACUAAUGAAACCACAGGUCACCUCCAAUUUCCCCUGGGGUGGUAAAGAAGUUGCUUCCAUGUGCUCCAACUUUUGUAUGUACAUCAUGGCAGAAAUGGAAGCUCCAUCACAGAAUUUGCUUGUGGAACUCUCUGAUGACAGUGAUUUUGAAAGCCAAGCUCCACAACUAAGGAGAUCAAGACGGACGAAUGUAUCAUCCAUAUCCCAGAGGGAACAAUAUGAAAGGCAGGAGGGUGAAGAAACCAGGCCUCAAGCUGACAUUGAGAUGGAAUUACAUGAACAGCGAGGACCGAAUCAAGCUACUACUCACUUCACAGAUUUUAUUCCUGUUUAUGUUGAUGAUGAAGAAGCCAUUGAGGAGGCCAUCAGACGCAGUCUUUCAGAAGAGGCAGGAUCUUCAUCCUUACAGGAUUCAAGAUUUGCAAGAACACUGUCCAAAGAAGAAAUAACUGGAAUUGUAAAAGCACACAGUGAGAGGGUUGUUACGACAUCUUACAAGCCAAUCUACAUCAGUCGAGGGAACCUGUGGACAACUGCCCUCAGACAGUUUAGCAGACAGAGAUUUGCUGAGAGCACUCACAUGCUAUAUGUGACCUUUGCCAGUGAUGAAGACAUCACUGAAGAUGCUGAAGACCUUGGAGGGCCUAGGCGGGAAUUCUUUCGUCUACUUGUAAAAGCCAUCUACAAGGAGAGUGGAGCUUUUGAAGAGUCUUCAAAUGGCUUUAUUCCAAGACUCAACAUUACCCAUGUGCAAAAUGGAUUGUAUCGCACUAUUGGACAGAUGAUGGCCACUAUCAUAGUCCAGGGUGGUGAGUCUCCAGCUCUGCUUUCCCCUCUUGUGGUGGGCUACCUCUUGACAGGGCACUUUCAAUUCAAUGUGACUCCAGAUGAUGUAGCUGACAUGGAGCUGAGAGAAGCCCUCAAGAAGGUUGAUCAAGCUGCAUCAAAGGAUGAGUUGGAUCAAGCCAUCGGAUACUGUGAAUCAUGGCAGUACCAAAUCGAAGGUCUUCCAAAUCCAGUCACUAUGGACAACAAGGAUGCAUUUGUGAAGAGUGCAAUACUUUUCCAUGUUCUUAUACAACGACAGAGCUGCUAUGAUCAGUUAGGUGAGGGGUUGAAGCAGUAUGAAGUUUUUUCACUUCUCAAAGAAAACCCUGGUAUUCGGGUUCUUCUUGAGAUGCCCCAAAAAUGCAACGAUGUCACAGAUGAUGAUGUAGCUACUCUUCUAAAACCUGUCUAUUCUGUUCUUGGAAGUAACAAAAGACCAAGAGAGGAGUUAUUGGUGGUCAAGUUCAGAGAGUUUCUCCAUUGUGUACAAGAGAAGGAAAUUGGGGAACGUCUUCAUGCCCGGGACCUCACUGAGGCAGAAAAGGAGUUCAUCCAGACGCUGACUGCUGGACAUAUCUUGGCCUUUGCAACAGGAAGCAGCCAAGUGCCAGCUACUGGGUUUCUUCCUAGUCCCAAACUGACUUUUGUCCAUGAUGAGACAAAACACCUUCCUGUGUCUCACACAUGCUCAAAUGAACUUCAAAUGUUUGUUAACAAAAAGAAUUUGGAAGAUGACGAUGAAUUUGAUUACCAUUUUCUGGUUGCUCUCAUGAAUGGAGCCAUUUUCAGUGCAGUGUAGUUUACAAAAUCAAAGUAAGGCUGCAUCGCUAUACGGCAAGCCAUUUUAACAUUUAAUAGCUAGUCUAGAUGUGUUGUAGAUAUAUUAUUCAAUCCUGACUAGUCCUGCAAUACGUGUCCAGGCUAGCUAUUAAGUGUUAAAAUGGCUUGCCAUACUGCUAUAGACACACAAAUAAUUCAGAGAGAUGCUCUUGCUUGUAAAGGUGUUUAUUUACUCAUUUACAAGCUUAUGGAAGACGAAUUCUUGUACUCGUUGAUAUGUUGUCUUUCCAUUGUUUCCAUCAUGUUCAAGUGGGUUAAUUGUGACAGCCAGUUCUUGCAGGUCUUGGUGGUUAAGUGGGCACAAGGAGACAGGUGCAUGCAAUGUUGAUGCUGAAUCUACUGUUAUGUUGUUCUGUGUAGCAGCAUCUGGAUGGUUUAACAGGAGCGUAUGUCUGUCUAGGGAGAACAUUUGCAGCGGUGUCCUGUUCCCUUCAGUUGAAACUGAAUGAUUGUUAAACGCUGCUUUGAAUGCAUUCAAUGUCUGAUUGAUCCUGGGAAUGUAAACAUAAUGUAGACAAAAUAAAUCUGUAUCAUUGUCAACAUCCAA